CAGGAGCCCAGGUGUGGGCACCUUCUGCAAGAGCUCCGGGCCGCCGCGCCGCCCCGCCGCCCCAGCGCCAGCGAGCCGGAGCCUUCCGCAAGUGCUUGGGGACUUCCUCGGGGCUCUCCUGGAUCAUCAGAAAUACAUUUUCGGGAAAUGGCCUCUAAAUCUUGGCUGAAUUUUUUAACCUUCCUCUGUGGAUCAGCAAUUGGAUUUGUUCUAUGUUCUCAGCUACUUAGUAUUUUGUUGGGUGAACAGAAGGACAUCCAGCCUAAUAUUCUUCAUAAUGAUCCUCAUGCUAGACAUUCAGAUGACAAUGGACAGAGUCCCCUAGAAGGACAGAUGAACUUUGAUGCAGAUGUUAGCCAACAUAAAGAUGAGAACACAGACAUCGCUGAAUACCUCUAUCAGAAGGUUAAAAUUCUUUGCUGGGUAAUGACAGGGCCUCAAAAUCUAGAGAAAAAGGCCAAGCACGUCAAAGCUACAUGGGCCCAGCGUUGUAAUAAAGUAUUGUUUAUGAGUUCAGAAGAAAAUAAAGACUUCCCUGCUGUGGGAUUAAAAACCAGAGAAGGCAGAGACCAGCUAUACUGGAAAACAAUUAAAGCUUUUCAGUAUGUUCAUGAGCAUUAUUUAGAAGAUGCUGAUUGGUUUAUGAAAGCAGAUGAUGAUACAUAUGUUAUACUAGAUAACUUGAGAUGGCUUCUCUCAAAAUACAACCCUGAAGAACCCAUUUACUUUGGGAGAAGAUUUAAGCCCUAUGUAAAGCAGGGCUACAUGAGUGGAGGAGCAGGAUAUGUACUGAGCAAAGAAGCCUUGAAGAGAUUUGUUAAUGCAUUUAAAACAGAUGAAUGUACACAUAGUUCCUCCAUUGAAGAUUUAGCACUGGGGAGAUGCAUGGAAAUUAUAAAUGUAGAAGCAGGAGAUUCCAGAGAUACCACUGGAAAAGAAACUUUUCAUCCCUUUGUACCAGAACACCACUUGAUCAAGGGUUAUCUGCCUAAAACCUUUUGGUACUGGAAUUAUAACUAUUAUCCUCCUGUAGAGGGUCCUGGUUGCUGUUCUGACCUUGCAGUUUCUUUUCACUAUGUUGAUCCUACAACUAUGUAUGAGUUAGAAUACCUCGUUUAUCAUCUUCGUCCAUAUGGUUAUUUAUACAGAUAUCAACCUGCCUUACCUGAGAAUAUGCUAAAGGAAAUAAGUCAAGUGUACAAACAUGAAGAUCCAAAAGUAAAACAGGAGCCCUCGAAAGAGAAACAUACAUGAACAUAGGUAAAAUGUCUAGCAUUGCACUGAAGAACUUUUUGCGUUUCUUAUAUAGAACACUGGAAUCCCAGUGAGGAAUUCUUUUGAAGUGAACAUUCCAUAUUAGAAAUUUUUCAUAUGACUGAUGUAAACUGAAGCUUUAAGUGAGCUGUGAAGUCUGUUAAAGUGUGUUUUGAUACAGUUAUAUAUAUAUAUAUAUAUAUAUAUAUAUAUAUAUAUAUGAAAAACUUGUGUUUUUAAAAUGGUGGCCAGGCAGAGGGACUAGAAAAGAUUUUGUUGGUUGUUCCUGACCACAUGUAUUGCUUUCACUGAGAAACUUAAAUAAUUAAAUUUGCUAAAACUACACUGCACCCUGUUAGUAACGCACACACACACACACACACACGCACACGAUGCUAAACAGAUCUGCCUUAAAGAAAAUUUUAGAAGGAAAUAUUAUUGCUCAGUGUUGUUUAUAAACUCAAGACAUGAGUUUAUAUUUGCAGUAUGAUAUAAAUGAACCAAACUCCACCUCCCCCAAAACACUUGCAGUUUUUUGUCUAAUGAAAAUUUUGCUGUGACUAUAAUUGGCAGUAUUUCCUCCAGAAGGUAGAGUGAGAAUAGCACUUGUCCUAAAGUGCAUUAAUAAAACCACAUUUUGAAAUUAUCAUCGGCCUUGACUGUAUUAUAUACUUGGUUCUAAUUGGUAGUUAACCUUUUACUGAGUCCCUGUUGUGUCUUUUCUAAAUAUGUUUAACCGUUCUUGAAUACCAUUCUCAACUGUUAAUAUUUAUUUACUGAAAGCAUUAAUAGCAUUCUAUAAACAUGCAUUUUAAAUGUUUUAUUCCCAAAUUUACCCAUUGUUAAUUAUGGGUACGUAAUAAAUAGUAAAUGUAAUGCUAUUUGGGGAUGCUUUUCUUAUAUCAGUACCACUCUCAGGAAUCACUAAGUGACAUUUUAAAUUGACUAUUUAAAACUCUUUCCAGCUACAUAAUUAUAGUUCCUUGUGUUCUCAUCCUGUUGAGAGAUAAGAACUUUGUUUGUGCCUUUCAUAGCUUGUUUAAACCAGAGUUUUGAAAUUCAUUUUCAGGAUCUAAAAUGGCUAUUAGUUACACUGGCAAAAUAAUUUGCAACAUUUUGACCAGAGUUAAUUAAAAUGCAGAAUGCUUAGGCAAACUCAAAUAUGUCAGAUAUUAACACCAAAUACUUAAUUUAUGAAUAACAGCCUGAAUUUUGAUGCUAACUUAUUAUUUGGGAAUAAUUAUUUUUACCAGUGGAGCUGAAUACCAGUUCAAGACUGUCAUCAAAAUACAUUCAUAAAUGUUUUGUUUUAAUUUUAGUGACCCUCUAUUUAAAGAAUUUUUGGAAGGAAGGAAAAUUUUAAAUUUUUGUUGUCUUUAGCAAAUUAUCUGAGUGUAUCAUAACAAUUCUUUAUAGACUUUCUAUGAGAUUAUCUUAAAUGUUAAUAAUUUACAUUUCUCUUAUGUUUAUCAUUAUGCUAAUUUUAUGUGGCUCUCAUGCCACUGAUCUGCUGCUUAGCUAAAUAGUUCAUAUUUAUUGUGCCAAAACAUGUCAAAACCAUGACCUCUUUGGAUGGUGUAUUUGAGAGGAUGUUCAUCUUUGUGGCUAAUUAUAGAUUACUCUGUCCACAUAGUGAAAACUCACACCCACUUCUACGUAUUAAAUUGUUUUUUAUUGUUAUCAUGGUGAUACCGUCUGCCAGAAUUUCAAGGUAUUCAUUCUGUUCUUUGAACAACUCUUCACCUUGGUGGUGAUAGGAAUUUAUUUGCAGUCUGUAUGUGCUACUUUUUUGUACUAGAAGUAUAAAUGGUUUACCAUAAAAUGCAAAAAUCUUAAAAUUGGCUCAUAGGAAAUCAACAUUGUGAUGCAUCCUAGGGUCUGGAGUUGGACUGCCUGGGUUUAAAUUCUGGCUCUAUCACGAGUUUUGUAACCUUGAGCAAUUUACUUGAUCUCUCUGUGCCUCGUUUUCGUCAUCUGUAAAUUAGGGACAAUGAUACUACCUACCUCACAGGAUUUUUAUGAGGAUUAAUGUAUGAAUUUUAAGAACACUGUUUUACCCUGAGUAUGGAGUGCUACGCAUAGUUUUCUUAGUGUUCUACUACCUUAGAGUGUAAAUACUCGUUUUAAAUAAAUGAAAAUCUGCUUUAAUCAAAUCAGAUAUUUAAAGGAAAUACUUCAUACAUUUCUUAUAAUAAGUAAUAGCUAGUUUUCAUUUGAUGCCUACUGGAUGCCAGGUAAUAUGCUUAGAUACUCUGUGUACAUUAGUGUUAAUCCUCACAAAUUGGAUGUUAUGCCUAUAUUAUAAAUGAGAAAACUGAGGCUCAGAGAAUUAAAGUUAUUUUUCACGGUCCCAAAACUAGUAAGUAACAGAGCUAGAAUUUAUACUCAAAACCUGUGUGUUCUUUCUACCACGUCAGCCUUGAGGUUAGUCAUUUAGCAUUAUUUCCAUUUUUACUCAGACAUGUGACAUCUGAUACAUUAGCCAGUAAUAAUCAAAUUAACCAGCCAGAUUGUUAUAGUGAUUCUCAAAUUGUGGUUCUUACAUUCUUGCCUGAGAGCUUGUUAAAAUGCAGAUUUCAAGACCCUAAUCCCAGAAAUUCUGAUUGUAGCAUGAGGCCCAGGAGUAUGCAUUCUUGCCAGACGCCCUUGAGCAUUGAUUCUCAAAGUAUAGUCCCAACCAGCAGUACUAACAUCACCUGGGGACUUGGUAAUACCUCCUUCCCUGGGCCUUACCCCAGACUUUCUGAAUCAGAAACCAUAGCGGUAGAGGCUAGCCCUCAAGGUGAGUCUUAUUCAUGUAGUCCCCUAAAACCAGGUGACUCUGAUGCAAAUGAUCCUUGGAACAUGCUGAGGAUUACUGCCCCAUAAGUAAGGUGUCUUUCAAAGAUUUGGAUAAAGCAUAUUUUAAAUCAUUGUAGUCCAAGCUCACAGUGUAUUAAAUGUAAAAGACUUAAGAUAUUUAAAGGGUCAGUGGAUCAUUCAUUUUGGCAAAGCUCUUUAACUCCUUCAUAGUGACUAAUACCAGAGCUCACAUUAAAGUAUGAAGUUUAGUAAUUUCAUAUUGUGGCAGGAAAUGUUCAAGUACUAGUAAGUACAUAUUAAUUCAGUAAGAGCAUACCUAAAUGAAUGCAUCAAAAAUGCCCACAAGUAUUAGUAAAAAAUUUUAAACAGAGGUAGCAAAGUACUAUGUUAUAAUAUGCAGAAUGUUUUUCUGCUAGUUCAUACUAUCAAAAUUUCAUCACUUUUAAGAAUCAGUUGACUGUCCUAUAUGACCUAAUAAAGCAAAAAACUCUCCAAAUAUUUGUUAGAGCACAUAAAACCAGAUUUCAUGAUGAUAAAGACUUACUGUCCUUUAAAUUAAGAUUUUUAUCAUCUGGGUAAAUGAUUUUCAUGUGGUCUCAAAAUAUAAGGCUUUUACUAUCUUAUGUUCUCCAAUAACAGUAUAUUUGUGUUUUCAAGUGAGAAGUUCAUAAAUGAUACAAAGCAGAUUUUGUCCCAGAAUUCAAUUAUUUAUUUUCAAAUACCUUAACCUUUGGAGAUUUUGUUACUGUAAGAAGAUUUGAAAAUAAAUCACAGACCAGUUUUUAAAUAUUUUUAAAAAAAACAUGGUAAUUGGAUUUGAGCAUAAAAUUUGCUAACUGGUUAUUUUCAUAAUUGUUUGAGUAUUAAUUUUUCACUUCCUUGAGCCUGUCAUACUAUGUUACUACCAGACUGAGGCUUGAAAUAUCCCUCACUUGAUUGAUUAGAUCAAGUCUGCCCUUUUAUUUCUUUAGAGUAUUCUUUGACAGUUUCUGCUUCUUUGUAUUUAUAGCCCAUCUUUAUUUCCUUGAUUACUAAUUUCCAUUUCCUAACUACUCUUAAUGCUGCCUCUCACAAGGUUAAUUUGGCUGUUAUUAGUAAUUAGAGUGUGUAUGUAUCACUUACUGGUAAUUUUAUACCUAUUAACUUUAGGUUUCCCUAUGAGAUUGGAAGUAAAAAUCUGUCUUAAGAAUAAAGCCUGCUGGCUCUCAGGAUACUUGCCCUACUGAAAAAUCUACAAUUUUAAACUAAUUCUACAUACACAGUUAUUAAAUAAAGUUAUUUGUAUUCGACCA